AUGAUUUCCUCCACGCCUCCCAUCUCCCACGACGUGGUCAGUUUUGCUCUGGACGCUCGAGCAGACUAUGACCCCUCGGAAGCUCUCUUUAUUGAUGCUCAGUAUCCAAGUCGAUACCUGAAUGGACUUCAAUUUCCUCUACUUGUCCGUACACUUAUAGCUGGUCUCAAAGCGCAUGGUGUUGAAAAAGGAGACUGUGUUGUCGUCCACACGGGGAAUAAUGUCCUAUACACUGCCCUCUUCCUCGCCAUCAUCGGCACUGGUGGAAUUUACAUGGGAUCGAACCCUCACAGUUCCGUGGACGAAUUCAAUCGUGUCGUCCAACUGACGAAACCGCGGCUUAUCAUUACCGAAGAAGACGCUCUCUCUACUGUACUCGCUGUCUCCGACAAGAACAACAUCCAAUCCCAAAAAAUUUUCAUUAUUCACGAUGCAAGCAUCGACGCCACCAUUGCCUUCGCCCACGGGAAAGGUCAACUCCCUGUCCAAUCUCCCAACACUCAUUCUCCACCAAGCAUCACAUCCUUCCUCUCCCACCAAACCGCUGAUCAUGUCCUUAUCACCGACCCUGAGACCGCCAAAUCCGCACCAGCAGCUCUCUACCUCACCAGCGGCACUACCGGCCUCCCAAAGGCUGCCGUGCUUACCCAUGCGGCGCUCAUCGCCCGCCACCACGCAAUCCUCUACACCCCUCCUUACAAAAUCACCCGGCUUGUCUGCCUACCCAUUUUCCACGUCUUUACCUCGCUGUGGACACAUCUAUUCCCCAUUCGAUACGGUCACCCGCUUUACAUUCUGCGGGGGUUCCAGCUCCCCGUCUUCCUGGACACCGUGAAGCGGUACCAGAUUAGCGAAACGUACCUCGUUCCUGUCGUGGUGCACGCAUUGAACCAGGGCCCUGCAUCGCUGGACGUCGUUCCCUCGCUCUCUUCACUCCGAUAUAUCGGACUCUCCGGUGCCCCUAUCGAUCGAGACUCCAUGGCUGCAUUUCAGGAUAUCCUGCACCCCGAUGCUUGUGCCGGCCAAGUCUGGGGAAUGACGGAGUGCGGCGUUGUCAUUCAAAACCAGUAUCCCGAGACUGGAAGACUGGGGCAGGGUGACCUCGGUAGCAUCGGGCGUGUUUUACCCGGGUACGAGGCUAAAUUGGUUCCCACCAAUACUGAUGGUGUCUCCGCCGAAGAGAAACUGAACAAAGACGGGACCAAGGGCCAGAGAGUAUCCGGUCAACUGCAUGUUCGCGGGCUGGGCCUUUUCAGUGAGUACUUGGGUCAGGGAGAGUCCGUGGUCGAUGACCAGGGUUGGUUCAGUACCGGCGAUGUCGCAUAUGUUAAUGAUCACGGUGAGUACGUGAUUGUGGGUAGAACGAAAGAGUUGAUUAAAGUAAGAGGCUACCAAGUUUCUCCCGCGGAAAUCGAAGCCGUGCUGCUCAAGCACCCGCUUAUCACCGAUAUCGCUGUCAUGGGAAUCACCCUUUCUGAUGGCAGUACCGAGGCUCCUUGCGCCUAUGUUGUGCGCACCGGAGGCACCAAGGGCAAACUGACGGCAGAGGAAGUGUUUGACUUUGUGCAGCAGCGGUUGGCAAGUUACAAAGUGCUGGACGGUGGUGUUUAUUUCGUGGAGCGGAUCCCGCGAACAGUAAAUGGCAAAUUGCAGAGGGGGAAGCUGGCUGAGUUGAACAAGCAGCGAGAGAUGCUGGCGGGAUUGUUGGGAAAGAUGAAAAUGAUCAGGUAG